AUGGCCCUUGCCCGCAUCAGCCAUAUCGUGUUUGCCCUCGCUGUCUGUGCCCUGCUGUGCCUCCAGGUUGUGGCUGCACAGGGCACCAUGGAAACGGACAGCAACGGCCUUCCACUUCCCCCAGAUGCUGCCGGUGCUGCUGUGCAGCCUUGGUUGUUCGAGGUUUUCAUGUUAUCCGUGCCUGUUUUAUUGUUAUGUGUUGUUUCGUUGAGGGGUGAAGACUGGCAGUAUUUGAUGCGAAGGUGUCUUUGGGUGGUUGCGGGUGAGGGUGUGUUUUUCUUUAUCUUUUGUCUGCAUUGUACCCGUAUAUUUUAG